AAUGAUAUUAUGUUUUAAGAAAUAAAGUUUAUUAUCGUCACUAAUAUUAUUUUCGGACAACAGCAAUAAAACGUCACGUCUGUCACGUGAUUUGUUGCGUAAUAUGAAUAUUUGAAAUAUAUAUAUAAUAUUUCGGAAAAUCUGCAAGGUUAAGAAACUUUUAUAAGAGAGCACAUUUAAGUGCAUAUUAAAUCAUUCGGGAAUAUCAUAUCAGCAUAUAUAAAUCUGUUGAAAAAGGAAGAAUAUGUUUCAAUACUAAAUAUAACAGAAUUGGGCAUGGAUAUAAAACCAUCAAAUAUUUUCUACAGUCAUGACACGAUCAUGUAUAGAUUUCGUAAGAAGAAGAUCGGACGAUGGGGAAGAAGGAAUCAUUAUGCAGGCGGAAUACCAAUCGGAGAAACUUUAGACCAACUUUGUAAUGGUAGGUGCCAAUUAUCUGACAUUCCAAAAAUAACCAUAACAAAAAAAGACGGUAAAUGGCACACACUUGAUAACCGACGGCUGUGGGUAUUUCACCAUUAUGAGGCUUACUUAAACAAACAAGGUAAAAGUUUAACUGUGCCUGUCGAUAUUGAAGAAUAUAACGAAGCAAACCACGGAAACAAUUUUACAACUCAGGACGGAGGGGUAACAAUAAAAAUAAAAGAUGGUGACGACCCAACUGGAAACAUGUAUAAUCAGAUUGUGCCGGUAACUCCAAAAGUUGAAGAGCAAAGUCAUGAACAUAUAUCACGCGAAGAAAAGGUGGAGGAAGAAAACAGUUCAAAUGAAAACAGAGAUGUAAAGAGUACAACUGGUUUUGAAUUGUCAACAGAAAAUGAGAUCGAAUGUGAUAAUACGUCGGGACUUCAAACUGUAUGCGGCUUGAUUAGUUUUGAAAAAGAAGAGCAAAAGAGUCUCAUCGCUGACACCAAUGCUGGCAUCUUUGAUACUGCGAAAACAAAAAUUGGUCAGGCAGAUGGUGAAAUAAUAGCGCCCACUACCACGGGCAUUAUCUCCAGUAUAGAAGUGAAGAGUAUGGAACGUUCAGCCGAUGUUGAGAUAGCAGACUUAAAUAAAACAAACGACAUCAUCAAUGAAGAAAUCGCAGAUGAAAAUACCAGAGACUCGUCAAAUGAAGGGAUAGUGGAAUGGAACGGUAUUACCAACGUAACCAAAGGCGAUGUAACAGAAAUGAAAAGUACAACCUUAAGCCGAGAUAUAAGUACAGAAUCGUCAGAGUACGUGACAACAAUAGAGGCUGAAGCAAACAAAGAAGUUCAGACAAAAAAGAGAGGUUUUGCUUUACCUGCAACACUCGAUUCUGAAUAUGAAUCCCUUUGUAAACGACAGAAACCGGAUAAUAAUUAAAAGAUUCGCUAUUACAAUUUUAAUCAUGUGUUGACGAACAAUACACAUUCAGAAUACUCAAAGGUUUGAUUGCUUGGAAAUCUGGUUUUUAUUAUUAGACACUGGUAUUGUGUCUACUUGGACUUUUGACAAUAUAAGAAUCUAUUUUCAUUCCAAACUUAUUCGGUCAUCGAAUAUUUUGUAUCGAGUACUUUUAGCAAUUUGUUAAGCGUGUAAAUGAAUGUAACACAUCCAUAAAAGCUAAAAUACACUAGGCUAUAUUCGUCCGAUUCCGUAUCCGAUAUUUAUUUAGAAUGAAAACGUUGACAUAAUUUAAUUGUAAAAAGCGACUUUAGUUAGCUUAAGGUUUACUUAGGAAAUAUACAUGUACGUAUAUCAAUUUUGAGUGCGUUUCUGUAGAAUAAUGCAUGGUUCGAGUUAAAUUGUGCAGGAAUGAAGCAGGCCAAUAAUUAAACCGUUCUUUAUUAUGCUACACGGAAUGACAAUUGAUAUGUAUUACCGGUCUAACCAGAUUAUAUAAAUAUAAUUUAUAAAAAUAUAUGAUGAACCAAAUUGAGUGGAUAAGUAAUUUUCCUGACAUAAUUAGGUUUAAUGACGUCAAAUUAUAUUUCAUAGGACGUGAGCCAUUCCUUUUUAAGCCGUGCAUAUAUCGUGUAUCACACAACAAUGUCGCUUUUACGACUCCACAAAUAACGGUA